AAAAAAUCUAAAAAAAUGCAUGCAAAGUCAAAACGCCUUUUGAGAAGAGAUUAGACCUUUUCUAUUUAGUUCAUAGUUAUCUUGAUUAGCACAGUCAGAUGCAUUAAUUAGUCAAAUUACUAAUAGUUAUACCUUUCAUGAGUAAGCUUAAACCAAAUCAAACCGCCCCCUUCAAUCAUUAUAUUACUUCAUAAAAUUCCAUAACAAAAAUUACAUUAUCUAAAUUCUAAGCUAUACCUAAAUCCCAUCUCUUUCUGCCAUAGAAAAUUCAUAUAAUCACCUCUUAAAUUUUGCUCUUUUUUUUUUUCUUUUUCAAAAAGAUAUGAAUUGUCUUAUAAAUCUUAUUGGGUGUGGGGCUGCAAUCGUUGCACUAAUGGCUCUUUGUAACGACUGCAUCUAUGGCAAGAAAGAGAAAGAUGAGAAAAAGAAAAAGAAGAUCAAAAAUAUUGAAAGGAUAAUAGCUACUGUUGAUCAUAAUGCUAGUCCUCGCUUUGCUCGUGUAAGCCAAGGCAUUUCUAUUUACCGCAACAGCAAACGAGCUGAAUAUAGUGGUCGUUAUGAAGAUCACUUCUCACGUUCAUGGUAAUGAGACAUAAUCCUUACUCAUAAAUCAUCAUUAUAUGUUACUACUAUAUUCAAGGGAAUGAAAACUUAUUUAAGACAAAUCACAUGUUGCAGGAUAAGACCAUUAUCAUGUUAAUGAGUUUGGGAUUUGCUUGCAAAUUAUAUAUAUUAUGUGUAUUGUCAUUACCGUUAUUUAGUGUUGUUUGACAAAUAGGACUGUUAGAUUGAUUAACAUUGAGGUUUUCUUUUGUACACAUAUGUAUAUAUUAUGUACAAUGUUAGAAAUGUAUAAAAGAUUUAGGAUAUCUGGAUGAUGGAAGUGUGAUUGAUAAGUUGAUUUGUCAAGAAAGUUAUCAACAGUCAUUUGAAAGCAAUAAAGCAAUUUUUUCGCGUAUUCCGUUAAUUGUAAAUUUGUAAUCAAUUGUUUAUGGCCGUUGUUUGGGCCCCUGGUCUGGCCCAAUAAAAUAUUAAAAGGCAUUUCACCCCAAGCCUAGUUCUCUUAUCUCAAGGAAGAUCCACCAGCUUUUAGGGAGCAAAAAGCUGAUUACCUUAAAAGGGUGGUGGCUCCCCUAGGUCUUGGGAGACCCCCAAAAAGGGUUUCCUGUCUGGGAAAUCCCCAACAACUAUAAAUACCAACAAUCCCAUCAAUGAGCAGGUAUUCAAUUCUCACCUAACAAAACCAGAGCUUCUCUCUCUAGACUUGGAUUACUUUCUCUCUCUACCUCAAUCCCAACUGACUUGAGCGUCGGAGGGGCUUUCCCGGGAACACCCCCGGGCCAGUUUUUCCUUGUUUUGCAGGAUUGGAGACUACGAGACUCGGGAUUCUAACCUAAUUCGGGAUUUGACUCUCACCUUAAACAUAUUACUCUUUUGACUAGUUUCUAGGCAGAAACAGUUUGGCGCCGUCUGUGGGGAUACUACAUCUCAAAGUCACGUACCGAGAGCAACAUGGCACCCCGAAGGAAAACCACCCGAGGCUCACUGUCUCGUCAACCCACACCUCUCCAGUCUCACCAACCCAAUGUCUUGGUCGAAUCCCUGGCCAUAGACGACAGGGGUCACCCCCCGUAACGAUGAGCAUUCUGCUCCCCGAGAUGACCCUAUGCCGGUCACGAUGGCGGACAUUGAGCGGAUUGCCCGACAGUUGAACGAAAACAUGCAGAGGAGUCUGCAGGAGCUCAUAGCCGGGAUCCCCCAGCUCAAUCAAGGGGAGCCCCGAGAGCUGACCAGGGCAGAGACCCGUGGCCGGGAUAACCCUCAAACUCACGCUCCUAACCGGAGCGAGCAACGAGUGGUAGGAGAAAGAUCCCGACAGGCUCACUCUCAGAGGACCCAGAACUCGGAUGCCAGGCGCAUCAUUGAAGAGAAUAGGAAGCGCAGAGCAGAGCAGGACGCUCGCCUCCUUUUAAACAAGAAGAGAGAAGAAAGGGAAAGGACGCACCGUGAGGAGCAGGCUCACUCUCAAACCCCGAGGAGGGAGCGGGAGAAGUCUCCUGUCGGGUCCAAGAGGAUGAGGCAGGAGGACGAAGCGGACUCAGGGCCUCCUCGGAACAAGACCAACACCUUGAUCAAUAGGGGGGUCCUCAACUUUAUGACCCCCUUCAGUCGGGAGAUCAUGGAGGUACCCAACCCGGGAAAGGUUAAGGUCCCCACCAUCGAGCAAUACUCGGGCAGUAGCGACCCCGAGGAUCAUAUGGCCGCCUACAAGGCUCAGAUGAGUGUGCAGACGGGAUGUGAAGCCACUUGGUGCCGCUAUUUCCCGACAACCCUCAAAGGGUUGGCGCUCAGUUGGUUUUCGGGCUUGUCCCCGGGUAUUAUAACCAUCUUUUCGGUUCUGGAGGCAUUAUUUCACCAACACUUCAUUGCUGGGCGCAGGCACAAGAAAACCAGCAUCCAUUUAAUGUCCAUCAAGCAGCAAGAGCACGAGAGCCUUGCGGAUUAUAUUAAGCGAUUCAACGAGGAGUCGCUGAAGAUUUCAGAUCUUCAGGACGGGGUUGCGUUUACCGCCCUAAUGUCCGGGCUUUGGCCGGGAAAAUUCAGAUGGUCCCUCGCUGAGAAUGAGGUCACCACUUUCACCGAGGCUAUGAGUCGGGCUCAGAAAUUCAUCCAGGCCUCGGAUAUCUGUAAGCCUGUCGGGGAAAAGGCUAAGAAGAAGAAGGAAGAACUCCCUUACCGGGAACCAAACAAAAGCAUGAGGAAUCACCAACAGUUGCUCCCGAGAGCAGUAGACAACGGGAAUGAUCCACGCUUCAACAGAAAUAGGCGGGAAAUUUAUUUGGAUCUUAAGCACAAGUCGGUAUUACCCAUUCCUCCACCUAUCAGAACUUCCAAAGAUAGGCGAGAUCAGAGAUUAUGGUGUGAAUACCAUCGGGAGUGUGGUCACACUACGAAAGACUGUCGGGAGUUAAAAAAGGCCUUGGAUCACUUGGCUGAUCAAGGAAAGUUGAAUAGAUACAUCAAGCACCCCCGAGAGAAGGGGAAGGAGAAAGAAGCAAGAAACGAUAGCGACAACACCGAUGGGUAUGUGGGUGUCAUAGCAGGGGGUCAUGCCUCGGGAGGAUCAUCUGGCCGCGCUCGCAAAGCCCAUCUCCAAGCAAUGACACAUCGGGUGUUGGAAAUAGAGCCCAUAAAGGCGAGGUGCCCGGUAAUGACAUUCGGGGAGCCUGACCGGCACUUACACACCCCCCACGAUGACCCACUGGUCAUUGAAAUGAAGAUAGCAAACUCCCGGGUGAAGAGGAUCCUCGUUGACAGUGGAUCCUCAGCCGACAUCAUCACGCUGGAUUGCCUACUCAAACUCAAGUAUACCGAGAAGGAUGUGAUCCCUACCAACCAGCCGUUAAUCGGUUUUGGAGGCGGGUCGGUCUAUCCUCUUGGCCAUGUUAAACUGGCUGUAAGGCUCGGGGAGAGGGGAAAAGGGAGGAGUCUACCAGUAGACUUCCUCGUCGUAGACACCCCGCUGCCUUACAACGUCAUUAUGGGUAGGCCCACCAUGAACAAAAUAAAAGCCGCCAUCUCGGUAUAUCAGUUGCUGCUCCAGUAUGAAACCGAUGAUGGGCAAGUCGGGAAGAUUUAUGGUGACCAGCAAACAGCCCGGGAAUGUUACGUCAACAGCUUUCGAGCUAAGGCACCCGAGGAGAAGAAGGAAAAGAAGAGAAAGAGAGAGGAGCCAACAGAAACCCCCGCGGGACUCGGGAUUUAUAUAUCCGAGAACCCCAAGCACUAUGAGCGCCCCCGACCUGUGGAGGAGGUUGAAGAAGUCGUGAUAGAUCCAGAAGUCGGGCAUACAUUGAGGAUUGGCGCAAACCUCAAUCCCGAGAUCAGGGGUCAGUUGGUUCAUACCUUGAAAGAAUUCAAGGACGUAUUCGCUUAUUCAGCUGCUGACAUGCAAGGGCUGAACCCCGACUUUGCUUCCCACGAGCUAAACAUCAAGGAGGGGUUCCGCCCUAUCAAACAAAAACUCAGGCAUCAGGGUCCCGAGAGGAAUGCCGCAGCUGCUGAAGAAGUAAAGAAACUACUAGAGGCGGGAAUCAUCGAAGAAUGCCAAUACACGGAGUGGUUGGCUAAUGUGGUCUUGGUGAAGAAGGCCAGCGGAGCUUGGCGUAUGUGCGUCGACUUCACAGACCUGAACAAAGCAUGUCCUAAAGACAACCAUCCCCUCCCGAAAAUUGACAGGUUAGUCGACUCUACUGCAGGUCACGAGUUGCUUAGCUUCAUGGACGCCAAUGCGGGAUACCAUCAGAUCCCCAUGGCUGAAAAGGACCGAGUCCAUACUGCCUUUGUCACGGCCCAAGGCGUAUACUGCUACAAAAUGAUGCCCUUUGGGCUAAAGAACGCAGGGGCCACAUAUCAAAGAACCAUAAACAAGGUCUUUGCAGAGCAACUCGGGAGGAACAUAGAAGUUUAUGUGGAUGACAUGAUUGUGUAAGAGCAAAAGAA